CCUGCUGCAGUGAAACCCACGGAAGCGGACGGAAAAUAGGUUACGCUGCUGCCGUGUCCAAACCAGCCUUUUCUCUGCAGAACAACAAGACCUGGAGCAGAAUUCCCCUCUUAUUUUUGUGCUCUCAUCUACUGCUCUUCAUUUCCGUCGCGCGGGCAGCACAAUGGGAAAUGAGGCAAGUUAUCCCCUGGAAAUGUGCACGCAUUUCGAUGCUGAUGAGAUUAAAAGGCUGGGAAAGAGGUUUAAGAAACUCGACCUAGAUAACUCAGGAUCCCUCAGCGUGGAGGAGUUCAUGUCCUUGCCCGAGUUACAGCAGAAUCCACUGGUGCAGAGAGUCAUCGAGAUAUUCGACACGGACGGCAACGGAGAGGUGGACUUCAAAGAGUUCAUAGAGGGCGUCUCUCAGUUCAGUGUGAAGGGCGAUAAGGAGCAGAAACUGCGCUUCGCUUUUAGGAUCUAUGACAUGGACAAGGACGGCUACAUUUCCAACGGAGAGCUGUUCCAGGUGCUGAAGAUGAUGGUGGGCAACAAUCUGAAGGACACUCAGCUGCAGCAGAUAGUGGACAAGACCAUCAUCAACGCAGACAAGGACGGCGAUGGGAGAAUAUCCUUCGAGGAGUUCUGUGCUGUCGUCGGAGGCCUGGAUAUACACAAGAAGAUGGUGGUGGAUGUGUGAGCGAGUCCAUCUCCAGCAGAUCCGCUUUCCUCUCCAUCUCUGACGACCUGCUCAAGAUAUCCAGCAAAUGCUCUCUGUGUGUUUCAAUGGAAGUAUUUAAGCCACUUUUUGUCAAGCCAGCGUGUAAGUGUUACCGAACUGACUCCAGUCUGCUCGAUAACCUGGUGUAGCACUUUAUGGGCUUAUGGACACUGAAAGAGCAUCUCGGUUCAAGAGGAAAGAGUAUUGGCUUGUCUAUAUUUAUUUAGGUCUUUUUUUUAAAAUAUUUAUUUGGUUUCGUCUUUUUUAAGAUAUGAUAUAAUAGUAUACGUAGGUAUGACGUGCCAAGCAGAACUUACAGAACAAAGCGCUCGCCACCAUCCUGUGCAGAAGCUUGUUCGACCGCAUGACGUAAAGAAGCAACGUUGGCUUCCUUCUGUUACACUUUGUGAUUUUACACUAUUUAUAUCAUUCUAGCAUUUAACCAUGUUUAAUAAGUGUUUUGUACCAACCGUGAUAUAAUGUUUAUAUUGUUAUACAGUCCAGUAGAUAAUUACCAAGACACAAAUGAUUUGGUUUACUUCACUAACACCAAUAUCUCCGUCUAAAUGACCAUCGCAGAUGGAGCGGCGAUCACAAAAUCUAUUUGGACGCUAGUGUCACACUUACAAUCAACGUCUGAAUGCAUGCAUGACAGCAAUACACGAAGCAUCUAAACGCUUGUAAAAUCGAGAGCAUAAUCGUUCCAACAAGACUAGAGCUUCAAAUCAAAAACUCUGAAUGUUUGCAUGCAUGACAGGAGCAGCGUAACCAAAUUCAUCUCUGCAUAUGGAUAUUCUACGUCGGUAAUAAUGCCAGCUAUGAGGCUUCUGCUGGGCUUGCUUUGACUAGUUCCUCCUUGCAUGACUACGUUCAUCUAUUCCAAUGGUUUACUGUGAAAUCUAUAUCCGAUAUCAAAAGAACCUUGACAUGCAUUGCAUAAGUUGCCAAAUCAGAUUCAAACAGACGUAUAUUCUUUUCAGAUUCGGCUCGCAUCAUUUGUCCAUUUGUUUCGUGAAUGCAGAUUUAACAAGUUACUCGCGCUUCAAGAAAAUGGGUUUGCAGCUUUUUAUAAAUGAAAGCGUGUCUCAUACGAAGGCACAUGAAGCUCGUCAGUUAUGGGAUGUCUAUUCUGCAUGCUGCAUCAAAUCAACUAUUAUGGGAUAUAUAUAUGGACUGCUUGAUACAAUAAACAUGUCAAACUU